UCGUGCAGUUGCGUCGCGAUCGUAGUACUGGUAGAGCGCGCGAGUGGCUGCCACCGGCGCCUGCGCUGCUCAAUGUAUCAUUUCCGUAAUAUCCAAAUACGUAAAUUCCUGAAUGAAAGUAAAUAAUUUAUUUUAUAUUGUGUAAAGUUUUAUUCCAUUAUUCGUAAAUUUCCCGUGUUUUUAUUCUAUCUUUAAUGCAAUAUGUCAGCACAGUAACACAAAAAAGUUAUACAACCCAUUCGUGGAAAAACAUAAAGUCAACAUUUCCAGUAAUGGAGAAGAGCGAUUCAUAUGCAAUCUUAGACAUAAAUAUUUGCGAUAAGGAUUCAGCACAAGCAGAUAAUAAUCAUAAUAAAAAUAAGACAUCUCUCACUACUGUAAUAAAAAUACAAAGAGAACGUGGAGAACGCGAUUACAUAGGAUUUGCGACCCUACCAGAGCAAGUACAUCGCAAAUCUGUCAAAAGAGGUUUCGACUUUACACUAAUGGUUGUUGGAGAAUCUGGGCUUGGCAAGUCGACUUUGAUCAAUAGUCUUUUUCUUGGAGAUCUUUACAAAAAUAGAAAAAUAUCCGAUGUUCAAGAUAGAAUAGAAAAAACAACGACAAUAGAGAAAAAAACAAUGGAGAUUGAGGAGCGUGGAGUAAAGCUUCGAUUGACAAUAGUAGAUACGCCCGGUUUUGGAGAUGCCAUCAAUUGCGAAGAGUCGUGGCGGGUGUGCUCUGCAUACGUCGAUGAACAGUUUCGACAGUACUUCACUGACGAAAGUGGGCUUAACAGACGACACAUGCAGGAUAAUCGAGUACAUUGUUGCCUUUACUUUGUCCCGCCAUGGGCUCACAGUUUGCGUCAAGUAGAUCUGGAGAUGAUGAGACGGCUACAUCGUAAAGUUAAUAUUGUAGUGGUGAUUGCAAAAGCGGAUUCCCUCACUGCUGCAGAGGUGAAGCGGCUGAAGACGCGCAUACUUAACGAUCUGGAAGAGCAUCAGAUUCAGGUAUAUCAAUUCCCAGAAUGCGAUAGCGACGAGGACGAAGAGUUCAAACAACAAGAUCGUGAACUUAAAGCUGCGGCGCCUUUCGCCGUCGUGUCGUCCGACACCGUGCUGGAGGUCGGCGGGAAGCGCGUGCGCGGCCGACAGUACCCCUGGGGCAUAGUCGACGUGGAAAAUCCCCGGCACUCGGAUUUCACGAAACUGCGGACAAUGCUGAUCUCAACUCACAUGCAAGAUUUAAAGGACGUUACACAGGACGUCCAUUACGAAAACUUCCGCGCCCAAUGCAUUUCACAGAUAUCACAACAUGCAAUGCGAGAAAGAGGAAAGCUGAAGAGAGAUUCGAUGGGCAAUAACACUGAAGUUGUAUUUACGGACACCGACCGAUUACUUCUACAAAAAGAUGAGGAGGACUACCUUGGACCUCAUACGACGUAUGCAGGACAUGUUAACUCAAAUGCAAGAAAAACUCAAAGCUUCCGAUAAAAAACAUGACAGUAUUAUUGAUGUAUAGAAAACAUAGACAGCAAAAGUAGCUAAGACCUAAAAUAACGUUUUAAUUAGUUGUAAUUAAUAGAACGUCUUUAGGAAAAUUCGAAGAAUUUAAUUUAUUGUAGUUUGUUAAAUUUUAAAUGAGAAAUGUGUUAUGUGAGUAUAAAUCUAAUAGUAUAUUAUUUAUAUAAUCGAUUGAGAUACUUAUUUAUUUUAACUUGUUUGUUGAAAUAAAUGUUUAAUAUGUAUCUAAAAAUCAAAACAGGAUUAUGACAAAUCAGAAUUAGAAAUGAGUUGAUUGAGACAUGACGUUUGAGAAAUCUUUUAUAUUAAUGAAAACAAAGAAGAAAGGAUUAAAUCAGUAUAAUUAUCGUAGCCCUAAUUAGUAUUACACUUUGCACUCACAAAAAAGUUUAUUUAAGUCGGUUUUAAUCACGUUAGUUUAGCCACAUGUCUAUGUACCUACGUGGAUUACACUAAGUAUAUAUUUUAGUAUGUACACUUAGACCAUUAAUAUCAUAUAGACACAGAUCUUCUAAAUGUACCUAUUAUCAAUAUUAAUUUAAACCAAAGAUAUUGAAAACAAAAUAUUUUAAAUAUUUAUGUUAAGCUGUAAUUUGAUUAGCAAAAAUGUAUUAAUUAAAUAUUUAAAAAUGUAUUUAUAACGUUUUAAUCUUAUUCCACGUAAGAUGGUGAAUAAUAUUCUAUACACUAAUAAACAACGGUUUUACUUAAAUCUAACACUAUGCAUAUGUUAUUCCAUCGAGUUUAAACUAUGAAAAUAUGAAAAUAUCCUUUAAAUGUCAAAUUUACCAUGCUUUAUACGUUGAUGUAUUGAAGAUUACGAUUAUUUUUUGAUCAACAAUUAUUAAGCGUUUAUCUGCUAACACAAAAUACCUAACAAAAGUUUAUAAACGUACUACGGUGAAUUUUUGUAUGCGAAUCAUUAUAGUAAAUUGAUACUUUAUGUACC